ACUCGUCUGAGAGCUGUCGAGAGUAUUUCUUGCCAAAAUUGACUCUCAGCACAGUUUCAGCUUUCGGAAAACGCUCUCGAUAGCUUCUAGCAUGAGCUUUACUCUCAAGCAGACACGUACCCUUAUGAAUAUGUAUAAUUUUGACCAUUAACCUCUUUUUAAAUUAAAUAUUAUUUUAAUGCGCGUGCGUGAAAAAUUGUACGUCCAAAAUCCAACAUAUGUAUUUCUAUUAAUUCAAGAGUUACAGGUGUAACACUAAACGAAGAACGUUUGUAGGAAUAAAGUGUGUAUUAUAUCUUUAGUUAGGAAAUGCUAAGAAGUUCUAUUAUAUAUUUCAUUUUAUUAAGCUGAGAGGGUGUAGAAAUGUCGCGUUCAAAAUCUGAAAGGAUAGGAAACGGUGGCAAGUGUGAAUUAAGUGUUUGGACACGUGCAAUAACAGCGAAUUCCGAAUGGCCAGAUAAAGAAGAAUUUCUUGAUGUUAUAUAUUGGGCUAGACAAGUAAUUGGAAUUAUAGUUGGGAUAGCAUGGGGCCUUAUACCUUUGAAAGGUUUCAUAGCUUUAUUACUAUUUGUACUAGUCAAUGCUGGUAUUACAUACCUGUAUUUUAGUAAUUUUCAACAAAUUGACGAGGAGGAAUUUGGUGGUGUAUGGGAACUAACUAAAGAAGGUUUUAUGACAUCGUUUGCUGGCUUUUUGGUUACAUGGAUCAUUAUAUAUUCAGGAUUACAUUUUGAUUAAUAAUUGAUCAUGUCAGUGGUCACUUGACUGAAAAGAACAUGUACAAUAUUUAAAAAGAAUCAAGUGCUUCACAUGUUCAUGCAAUUUAUUUGAAACAUUUUAGGAAAUAUUUUCACAUUUCAUAUAAGUUAUUUGGACAUUCAUCUUUCAGAGCACUUAAUAAAUGUACAAUAGAACUUUUUA